GCUCGACAUAGAUUUUUUAUACAAACGGUACAUCACCAAUUCGUGCCGAAAAUAUCUUGCACAUCACUCGAAGGUGUUACAGUUUGCCACAUAUACGGCUCAUUCAGCGGCAGUGAAUGUGCAGUAUUCCGACUCUACAGCUCGCUUCUAAAUGUAAGCCCUAUUACAUCGCCUUUCACGUGCCAUGAGUUGAAAUAGGGGACUCGGCGACAUAACAACAACAACAGUACCGAUGAGCAUUCAGAUGAGAACCGCCUGCCGCUGCCUUCAAAUUAUAGGAAUCAACAGUGUCCUAAUAGUCGGACUGGCCAGCAUCGUUCUCUUAACCACCAACGUAAAGAAGAAUCACAAGAGUGCGAACUACGUGGACGAAUCAGGAUUGCCCGUUGUGCAGACGACGGCGGGAAAGGUCCAAGGAAUUCGCGUAACGUCAAAUGGCAGAUACGUGCAUGCCUUUUACGGGAUAUCAUAUGCCGAGCCACCGACAAGACAUCGUCGAUUCCUGUACCCACUGCCCAAAGCUGCGUACCAAGGCGUUUUCAAGGCAGACACGCUGAGGGCCGAGUGUCCCCAGUUCCCGUAUACUUUCAACACAGAGCACGUGAACGUGUCAAGUUUCGACGAGGAUUGCCUGCACCUCAACCUGUGGACACCAAGCCUAGACUUGGAAGAGCCACCUAGAGCGGUUGUUGUCUUCUUCUAUGGUGGUUCGUUUCAAAAUGGCGGCAACAACCUUCCCAUCUAUGAUGGACGUCACUUCUCGUCGAUGGGCGAUGUUGUAGUUGUGGUUCCAAACUACAGACUCAACAUCUUUGGUUUUUUGUACACGGGAACGAAAGACGCGCCGGGAAACCAAGGUAUAUGGGAUCAGCGAUUAGCCCUGCUCUGGGUGCACGAUAACAUUCGGCAGUUCGGAGGCGAUCCAGAGAGAGUUGUUUUGAUGGGACAGAGCGCCGGAGCCAUAUCCGUUGGGUACCACAUCAUAUCGCCCCUCACACGACAUUUGUUCAAGCGAGCCAUCAUGCAGAGUGGUACACCGUUCUACAAGGCCGAUGAAAACAAGAUCACUGGUCCAGAUAAAGUCAUAAAAAUUGCCAGCAGGCUCUGUGGGUCAUCAGCGCUUGGGAUGUCUUCUGCAGUAGCGUGCCUUCGUAAACAACCUGCGAAGGCCUUGCUUCGAGAGGCCAGCAGUAUACUAGGACUAAAAUCGUCGUCUUUCGUUCCCAUAUCAGGUGACGACCUAUUGCCAGAAGAUCCUCUGGUCGUCAUGCACAAUGGCAGCAUGGAGCCAAUAGACCUCUUGAUCGGCACAACUGAUCAAGAAGGAACUUAUUUCCUCCAGAAACUUUAUCAAGCUAUUGGAGUGCGUGAUCCAUUCGAGAUGAGCAAUGCUCAGCAUGCUGUGAUCAUCCAAUUCUUGAUGAAUUACACUUUGUGGGAAACACCUGGAGAUCUGUUGACACAGUUCUUGCGUAGCACAAAGGAUGGUUCACAGCCGAGGGAUGUUGUCGACACCCUGGCGGAAGCCGUUGGGGAUGUAGCCAUGCGUUGCCCAACCUUGUACUUUUCAGACUUUGUUUCUCAGCAUAACUCCAGCGUCUAUUGCUACUCGUACGGCUACAAGCCAGAAAAAGGCACCUUCUGGCCUUCUUGGAUGGGAACCACACAUUUCGAUGAUUUCCCCUUCGUGUGGGGCUACGUCUUCGACAAACCAGAACUGACAUCUGUAAACGACAAGGAUUACAGCAGCCGCUUGAUAAGGAUGUGGAGCAGUUUCAUAAAAAAUGGCACUAUUGGUGAUAUCGACGGAGUGUCCUGGCCACCGAGGACGAAGACCUCCAAAAAUUGCAUCCACUUGAGCAACCAGAUACAACCUGUGAGACCGCCGAAGAGAAACACGUGUUCCCUCCUGAGGAAGUACAUCGUGCCGUACCACGUCCGAUUAGCUACAGCUGUGCCUCAAGUUCCUCUGAUGACAUGAAAUAAAUUUUAUGAUUUAGUA